UUGCUAAGCGAGGGGGGGUCUCCAUCAGAAAGAGGCGGAGAAGACUGCAGGCUGCAGAGAGAGAGAGAGAGAGAGAGGCUGAACCUUCCCUGGAGAAGCGGGGAGCGCUUACACACAGGAAACCGUGAUCAGAAAGGCUGAACAAUGUCCGAUUUUGACAGCAACCCGUUUGCAGAUCCGGACUUCAGCAAUCCCUUCCAGGAUCCUUCAGUGACGCAGGUGACCCAGUCUGCCCCUCCUGGUGGUCUGGAGGAGUAUAACCCCUUCACAGACGCCAGAACGGCGGCCCCUGGAAAUGCCCCCAAAUCUACUCCUGCCCCUUCCCAGAACACACAACCUGCCAUCAUGAAGCCUACAGAAGAGCCGCCGGCAUACUCACAGCAACAGACUCAGCGGCGUAAUGAGGACCAAGCACGUGCUCAGGCUGAGUUGUUGAGAAGACAGGAAGAGUUGGAGAAGAAAGCAGCAGAGCUCGAUCGCCGGGAGAGAGAGUUACAGUCCCACGGAGCCGCGGGAGGGCGUAAGAACAACUGGCCUCCGCUGCCAGAGAAGUUCCCUGUUGGCCCGUGUUUCUACCAUGAUAUUGCAGUGGACAUUCCUGUAGAGUUCCAAAAGACCGUCAAGAUCAUGUACAACCUUUGGAUGUUUCACGCGGGCACGCUCUUUGUGAACAUGUUCGGCUGCCUGGCAUGGUUCUGUGUGGAUCCAUCUCGUGGUGUAGAUUUUGGCCUGGCCAUGCUAUGGUUUCUGCUGUUUACCCCCUGUUCUUUCGUCUGCUGGUACAGACCGCUUUACGGAGCUUUCAGGAGCGACAGCUCGUUCCGCUUCUUUGUCUUCUUCUUCGUCUAUAUCUGUCAGUUCGGAGUUCACGUCCUACAAACUAUUGGCAUCACUGGCUGGGGAACAUGUGGUUGGAUUGCAGCUUUAACUGGUCUGAACACCAGUAUCCCAGUGGGCAUCAUCAUGUUACUGAUUGCAGCUCUAUUCACUGCACUGUCCGUGGGCUCGCUCAUUAUGUUUAAAAAGGUGCACGCUCUCUAUCGUACCACCGGUGCUAGUUUUGAGAAGGCUCAGCAGGAGUUUGCGACCGGGGUUAUGUCCAACAAGACCGUUCAGACUGCAGCCGCCAACGCUGCAGCUAAUGCUGCGUCCAAUGCUGCUCGUGGGGCCUUCAAACCUCAGCCAUAAACUGACACAGACAAACACAUGCUCGCACAUACAAGCAUACACGCACACACAUACACAUACACACUAAAAAGUUGGAGGUGCACAGCUGUGGCCCUGCAGGCUCUCAAAUCAAAUUGAUUCUGUUGUUAUGCUUUUGCAAGAUUGCCCUGCACACAAAAAAGUGCAGAGUCAGUGAAAUAAAAGAGAAAUUAGUCAGACAAAGUGACCAGAGUUGUCCGCCUCCACUUAAAAUCAAGUAAAAACUUUCCUACAUCCUUCCUUUCUGCUUUCCAGUCAGAUGACUGUCUGCUCACAUCCCUUGAAACAUCCACUAAGUGACUCAAGGUCUGCUCCGAGUGUGUGGGAUUUCAUCUCACUCCUUUGCUUUCCCUGUUCUUCUGUCACCUUGAGGUGUUCCUAGGUCAGUCAGAGGUGGCAGUUCUAGCAUACCUUAUUUUUGUCAUGGUGGUGAUGAACUACAAACAGCUUCCUGCCUGGUUAAUACAGUAUAGAGUCAUGAGAAGUGAUAAUCUGAUCUGUUUUUGCACAUAGUUCUGUUUUUCUUGGUCACAUACUGAAAGUACAGUGUAUGUUUGAAUGGCUGGGCCUGUGUGUGAGUGUGUUCUCGACUUUUUUUUUUUUUAUAAUCCAGUGCUUGGUCAUUGAGAUCUGAAAGGUAAAUUGCACCUCGUCCUAUAUCUGUGCUUCUAUUCUGAGACUCUUGACAAAUACCAUCCCGGUAAUCCAUAUAAACUGAAAUAUGUCGGUAUGUUCUUAUUUAAGGACAUGCCUGCAGCACCCAGCAGUGCUUCAGUGACACCUGUCAGUAGAAUGAUUAUUCCCACUUUGUGUGCUACUUUGAUUUGCAAUGUGGGGCUGGGUCAGCAUCUCUGUGGCUUACUAAGAUCUGACAGCAUGAUAACAACAUGCAUGUUCAGCACACUCAAGGUAGCUGUUAAUUCGGCAUUCUGUCCACUGCCAGCCAUUUCUCUGGCUACAGGUGGUAGCUGUUUUAUUGAGGGGGAAUGUCUGCCUACCUAUUUUCCUCCUUGGUUUCUGUGAGAAGUGAGCUGUUAAAAGUUACUGCAUGUCCUAGUGGCUGUUUGACUGGUUGAUGAUGUUUGGAUCUGUUCCCAAGGUCACCAGUUCUCACCACUAACCUAAAAGAGGUUCAGUCAAACGCUUUCACGGCCUGGUGCACUAAAGGGAGACAAAAGACGUCAGAAUUAUUCACAUUUUCACUUAUGUUUGUGUGACAUUAAUAGACUACGCGGCUCUCCCUCUGUUGUUUUUGUAGCCCCUCACACUUCGUUAAAAACUAACGCUGCUAUGAAUCUGAGAGCUGCUUGUUUUUAGUUUCCUGCUGUCAUGUUUCCUGUUGAAAAGGUCACAUACCAUUUAAAGUAAAAACAAUGGUACUGUGUGUAUGUACACUGCAUAGACUAACAGUCCGUUUGCAUUUUUACAGACAAAAAAAAGUCAGUUUGAUGGUUCUUCCUCUGUCAGUAUUGGAUUACUGGCAUCACACGUUUUAUAGCCAAAAUGAACAUUAAGGUAACAGAGUACUGAACUUGUCAGUGAUAUCAAUAAGAUACAUUAAUUUAUAACAGUGUUAUUCAGCAGUAAGUUGUACAUGUACAUUAUACAUGUAUCUACUGUCACUGGAGUGAAAUAUGGAUGGACGUGGGUUACAUUUGUGUCCUCUCAUAGUGGUGGUGAGUGUCUGAAGAUGUGCAUGAUAGAUUACUGAUGACUGCUACUGCUUUAUUGCAAAUGUAUGGACUGGAAAUCAUGGUGGACAAAAUACUCCUGUGAGAAGUUGAAGGUCAAUAGUGUGAAAUGAACAGCCUAAAUCUUGGCAGUAUUGUUUUUGUUUGGAAAUCUUUUUGUUUGAAAUGUCAAUGCACAUUUCUUGUUUCGCGUUGAGCUUAGUGCAAAAGACAAACAUGUUUUUAUUUAUGGUGUAAUUUAAGUUUGCUUUUCAACUUUGUUUGGUUUGAUUUUACAUUAUGUUUUAUGCUUUUGUGGUUUUGUAAUGACAUGAUCAUAGCAUCAGCUAGAUUUAAAAGUGUUUUAAUGACUUUGCAACUUGACCCUGCAAGAGUUGUGCUUGUGCGGAUGAGGACGCGUGGAUGAUCAGUAUGAAAGGUAAAAUAAAAAAUGAAUCUCCCUCAAGUGUUAUUCUAUGUCCUGAAAAGCUGUGAGAAAUCUACCAAAUGUCCAUAUAGAUUUGUUUUUAAAUCUUGGUUUGUAAUGUGUUCCCUUGCCAUGUUUUACUUUUCAACUUUUCUUUGCUACAAACACCCACAUGAUUCCCACGCAUUUAUAGUUUUAAACAGUUGUUGUAUGAAUGCCAUGCCACAGUGGGUAAUUUCUUGAUGUAUUUGGUGAGCUGGUCUGCAGAAAAGAACAACGUGAUUGUAGUUUGCUGACACAGAAGUGUGUUUUUGACCUGUGGCCAUGUUAUUUCACUGAAUCAGAGAAGAAACUCAUUCAAAAAGGGACACUUGUAUAUUUUGUAAAGUUGAAAAUUUGAUCCCCAUUAUCAAUCACAUGUAAAAAGAAAACGUAAUGCACUCUUGUCUGGCCUUUGUUGCAUGUGAAAUAGUUUGAGUUUUGUAUAUUUAUGGUAUUAACAUGAAAUAAAAUUUGAAAGAAACA